AUGAAGUCUAUCCACAUUCUGCAAGCUUUCCUUCUUGUUGUCCCCUGUGCCAAUGGAGCCCCUACGGCCCAGCCUUCGAAUCCUCCAUUGAGAGGCUCGACGGAUCUGCGCGGCUAUUCCUCCUCCAAUACCAUCACGGAGCAAUCGACUGAGGUCAAGUAUACCCUCGUGACUGGGCAAAAGGAGGAUGCCAAGAAUGGGGUGUAUCUUGACUUUGAGGGCGUGGACAAUCCGCAGCCGAUCCGGGGAGAUCGGGGAGGGUCGGACCCAGGACCGAGUAUCGAUAAGCUGGCUCCUCCUGGGACGGAUCAUGGUCAGACGAUCAACGCGCAGUGGCCGAUGGACGGGGCUGGAUGGGCUCGACAGGAAAACACGAACGUCAUGCCGGACGCAACAGCCAUGGCCGGGGUUGACAUGAGACUUGAGCCCCAUGCGUAUCGGGAACUGCAUUGGCAUGUCGCGGCGGAGUGGUCGCUUGUCCUCAAUGGAUCCUGUCGUAUCCAGGUACGUUUUUCCCUCCUUUUCAUUGAUGUCGCUGACCGUCAGGCCGUCAAUGAGAAUGGGGAAACGUUCAUCGACGAUGUGAGCGAAGGUGAUGUCUGGUUCUUCCCUCCGGGCGUUCCUCACUCCAUUCAAGCUUUCAACACAGGGGUCGAGUUCCUUCUAGUCUUCGACGAUGGAUCCUUCUCCGAGGAUAAUACCUUCCUCGCCUCAGAAGUCUUUGCACACAAUCCCAGAGAAGUCCUAGCCAAAGACCUGGGUGUUCCCAUCGCCUCAUUCGAAAACCUUCCCGAGGACGAACUGUACAUCUUCCCUGGCACCCCAGCCCCCAAGGACAUCGAGGCCCAAAACGUCUCGACGGCAGCGGGAAUCGUCCCCAGAACGCAGAGCUACUCGUACCACUUCUCCGAGCAGCCCGCCCACGAAGUCGCCGGCGGAUCCGUCAAGAUCGUGGAUCCCGUCACCUUCCCCAUCGCCAGUAAUUUCUCUGCGGCUGUCGUGACCGUCAAGCCGGGCGGGAUGCGCGAGAUCCACUGGCAUCCGACCAGCGAUGAGUGGGCAUUUUUCAUCCGUGGCCAGGGCCGCGCCACGCUGUUCUCGGCACCCAGUACGGCCACGACGUUUGACUACCGCGCCGGGGACGUGGGAUACUUUCCUAAGUCGAACAGUCACUAUAUUGAGAAUACCGGGGACGAGGACCUGCUCUUCCUCGAGGUGUUGCAGGCAGACAAGUUCACUGACAUCGCACUAGGGCAAUGGAUUGCGUCUACGCCGCGACAGAUCGUGGCAGAUACGCUGAAGCUGAGCAAUGAGACCUUGAGCAAGUUGAAGACGGACAAGCAGUAUGUUGUUGCUGGAUAA